UCCAUCUUAGCAUCCACCACUCGCCAUUGUUUCCAGCACUAGCCAAGCCAAGAAGUAACAGAGGGAGGAGGAAGAGAGGCCGGCCGGCGAAAGAGAAUGAAGGCGACCGCGGGGGCCCUCCUCGCCGUGGUGGCGGCGGUGCUGCUGCGCGGCGUGGCGGCGGCGCCGCCCCGGAAGCCGGUGGACGUGCCGUUCGAGAAGAACUACGUGCCGACGUGGGCGCAGGACCACAUCCACUACGUGAACGGCGGGCGGGAGGUGCAGCUGUCCCUGGACAAGACCACCGGCACGGGCUUCCAGACCCGGGGCUCCUACCUCUUCGGCCACUUCAGCAUGCACAUCAAGCUCGUCGGCGGCGACUCCGCCGGCACCGUCACCGCCUUCUACCUGUCGUCGCAGAACUCGGAGCACGACGAGAUCGACUUCGAGUUCUUGGGGAACAGGACGGGGCAGCCGUACAUCCUGCAGACCAACGUGUUCUCGGGCGGCAAGGGCGACCGGGAGCAGAGGAUCUACCUCUGGUUCGACCCAACCAAGGGCUACCACUCCUACUCCGUCCUCUGGAACCUCUACAUGAUCGCGUUCUUUGUGGACGACACGCCGAUCCGGGUGUUCAAGAACAGCAAGGACCUCGGGGUGCGGUACCCGUUCGACCAGCCCAUGAAGCUCUACUCCAGCCUGUGGAACGCGGACGACUGGGCGACCCGGGGCGGGCGGGAGAAGACGGACUGGUCCAAGGCGCCCUUCGUCGCCUCCUACCGGGGCUUCCACGUCGACGGCUGCGAGGCGUCCGCGGAGGCCAAGUUCUGCGCCACCCAGGGCGCCCGCUGGUGGGACCAGCCCGAGUUCCAGGACCUGGACGCCGCGCAGUACCGCCGCCUCGCCUGGGUCAGGAAGGAGCACACCAUCUACAACUACUGCACCGACCACGACCGCUACGCCGCCAUGGCGCCAGAGUGCAAGCGCGACCGCGACGUCUGAGCCAGCGCGACUGUGCUAUCGACGAUGAUAUACUGCUACUACUAGUAGUAAUUGUUGUGCCGCUGGUCGCGGUGCGGUCGCUGAGACGUAGUAGUACGAGGAAUUUGUAUCCCUACACUGCAUGUGUGUGUAUGCUCAUGCCUACUUUAUUAAUAUUAUUCUGAUUGCCCACCCA